AGGUCAUCCUGAUUUGUUGCUUCUUGGUUUCGGAUUUUUCUGUUUGCGGCGCGUUUGAAGUUUUGUAGUUUUCAAGUGUAGCAGAUUGUUUACAUUACUUUACUUGCACCUAUCUGUACACACGAAUCGAGGGCAGGGCAGUGAACCAGUGAGCUCCACCCCCUCGAAUAACCAAGAUGUCGGGCACCAUACUGGAGAACCUGAGCGGCCGCAAGCUGUCCAUAUUGGUGGCCAGUUUGCUGCUCUGCCAGGUGCUGUGCUUCCUGCUGGGCGGUCUAUAUGCGCCCCUGCCCGCCGGCCAUGUCACCGUCCUGGGAUCGCUGUGCCGCGAGGAUCACGCCCGUCAGAACGACACGGAAUUCCUUUUGUACUCCCGCGGUGCAGGAGCCUGCAUCCCAGUGACCCGGGAAGAGGUAGAGCGGGAUUCCAUGAAGAUGGCCAAUGAGUUGGUGCACGUGUUUCAGAUGCCGCUGCCUCGUGAUCUGCGCGACUUGGACUACUCCCGCUGGCAGCAGAAUCUCAUCGGGGUCCUGCAGGUGGAGUUCGGCUACGAUUCCUCCUCGGAGCUAAGGGAGCCGCCCAGGGAACUCCAGCUGACCAUCGACAUGCGACUUGCCUAUCGCAAUAAGGGGGACCCGGAUAACGGCUGGAAGUUGUAUGCCCACGGGGUGGAACACCGGUACCUGGACUGCGUCCCGACUAAUGUGGGACCCACAGAGACGCUCUACUCCUGCGACAUGAUCCCCCUGUUUGAACUGGGCGCCCUACAUCACAGCUUCUAUCUGCUGAAUCUGCGUUUCCCGCUGGACACGCCGCGCCAGAUGAACCUGCAGUUUGGGCACAUGCAUGAUCUCACGCUGACCGCCAUUCAUCAGAAUGGAGGAUUCACCCAGAUCUGGCUGCUGCUGAAGACGGUGCUGUUUCCCUUUGUGGUGGGCAUCAUGAUCUGGUUCUGGAGGCGGGUGCAUCUGCUGCAGCGAUCGCCGGCCCUGCUGGAGUACAUGCUCAUCUAUCUGGGGGCUGCUCUGACCUUCCUCAACCUGCCGCUGGAGUACUUGUCGCUGGCCUUCGAGAUGCCUUACAUGCUGCUACUGAGUGACAUCCGUCAGGGAAUCUUUUACGCCAUGCUGCUUUCUUUCUGGCUCGUGUUCGCCGGAGAACACAUGCUCAUCCAGGAUGCCCCAAAUAAGUCAACCAUCCGGUCGCGUUACUGGAAGCAUCUGUCUGCCGUCGUGGUGGGCUGCAUCUCGCUGUUCGUCUUCGAUAUCUGCGAAAGGGGCGUGCAGCUGCGCAACCCAUUCUACUCCAUCUGGACCACUCCGCUGGGCGCAAAGGUGGCUAUGACCUUCAUAGUGUUGGCCGGAGUUUCGGCAGCCAUUUACUUCCUAUUCCUGUGCUACAUGAUCUGGAAGGUGUUCAGGAACAUUGGCGACAAGCGCACUUCGCUGCCGUCUAUGUCCCAGGCGCGCCGACUACAUUACGAGGGACUCAUCUACCGCUUUAAAUUCUUAAUGCUGGCCACCCUAGUAUGUGCUGCUCUGACUGUGGCCGGUUUCGUCAUGGGCCAAAUGGCCGAGGGUCAAUGGGAUUGGAACGACAACGUGGAGAUUCAGCUAACCUCCGCCUUCCUGACCGGCGUCUACGGCAUGUGGAACAUCUACAUCUUCGCUCUGCUCAUCCUGUACGCCCCCAGCCACAAGCAAUGGCCCACAAUGCACCACAGCGACGAGACUACUCAGUCCAAUGAGAACAUCGUGGCCUCGGCUGCCAGCGAGGAGAUCGAGUUCAGCCACCUGCCAUCGGACUCCAACCCAAGCGAGAUCUCUUCCCUCACCUCGUUCACCCGCAAGGUGGCCUUCGAUUAGGCAGGGACACUUAAAGUACAGAUAUUUGAGGGGUUGUGUGCCAAACUGCAACCGUAACGCUCCAAGUGUGUGCUAAUUUUAUUACCAUAGUCAGUAGCAUUUCUUGCCUAGUUUUGCAUUCUGUGCAUUCGACAACGCGAUCAGCAUUAUUACUUAUCAUUAACGUAUAGAUUGUCUAGUUUCUCUCAGCAUGCUCAAAGUGUACGAUUUUAUAAACUGAUUUUUUUGUGUAUGCCUCGGCAGUAUUAUCUAUUGAAGUCCAUUUCGCUAGCUCGUAAGUUUUAACAUAUGUAUUUAUCAAAUAACGUCUUAUACAAAUAUUUACAUUUUAAGGUGGUCACAUAUUUUUUAACAAGGAAAUCGUAUGAGUAUGACGUUUUCUUGGCUUUGUGUUUCCAAGGCCAAAUUGUCCACAGAUUACAUUACACUCAUACGAUUUCAAAUUUAUUUUACAUUCUCCACCCUCUAAUAUCUAUCCAUAGGACUCUGCCCAGAUUUUUAAACUAAAUCGUAGAGCAAUUUCUCAUCCAAGUAGCAAUGCAUCGAAUAAAAAGCAAUAUUGAAAAU